AUGCUUAUGAAAUUACUUGUAAGUGCAUUUGAACGAGCGAGAUCAAAAUUAACAGUAGCGCGUUCUAACGAUCAAAUUCGAUCAGAUUCAAAUAUCAAAAUAACUAAUAUUGAUUCAAAAUCUAAUAGACAAAUUUCAUCUUCAGGAACAUUAAUUAUCCAACAACAACCUCGUUCAUCAUUAUCGAAAUGGUUACAUACAACACCAACACCCAUUGAUCGACCGAUUUCAUCAUCGAGAUCAAACAAAGUACGUCGAACUAGUUCAUGGCGUUCUUUAAAAGAACGUACAAAUAAUUCAAUUACAUCAAGAACAUUUUCUGUCGAUGAACUUCAUCGGAAUAAUAAGCAAUUUCCUAAUAUACAACGACAACAUCCUUCACCAUCGCCUAUAAUCGAUCUUAGUCAUAGUCAUCAAAAAUUAUCUAAUAAUGCUACAAAUUAUACUCAUUUUGAUCGUCUAUCAUCAACACUUGUUAAUUAUUCUGAUACAAAGAAAAAAUCUCAACGUCGAAAUAAUCGAAAACAAUUUGAACAACAAAUUAUUUCAACAUUAUCACAUCAUAGUGGUGAAGGUGAUUCAGGUUAUUCAGAAGAAAAUUUUGGAACAAAAUCAUUUAAACGUUCAUUACAUACAUCAUGUCCACAUUGUCAUUGUGAACGACGUUCAUCAUUUAAUAAUUAUAAAAAAUUAAAAAAUAAUUCAUCAACAGAAUCAUCAUCUCCAUUAGAUAUAAUUAAUAAAAAUGAAAUUAAAAAAUUAUCUAAUAUAAAUUAUUAUAAUAAAGAAAAUUUAUCUUCUAGUCAAUCAUUUUCACAUAUUAAAACAUUACCAAAAAUAAAUCAACAAAAAUUAACUCGUACACUUAUAGAAAAACGACGAAGAAAUUUAUCAUGUGAUGGUUCACUUUGGAUGAGAACACAAAUACAAAAACCAAUUAUUUUAACAUCAUCACCAGUAUUAUCUGAACCAAAUCAUCUUUCUCUUCAACAUCAUUUUACAACAAUUGAUAUGAAACAUUGUUAUCCAUUAGUAAAUCAUGAAAAACAAAAUUCAAAUGUAUUUGGUGAACUUAAUUUAGCUGCUAUUGAACUUGAUUCUCUUCAAACAUCAUUUUCAUCAUCAUCAUAUUCAUCAUCAUCAUCAUCAUCAUCUUCAUCUUCUUCAACUUCAAUGAAUAAUGAAAAACAUCAUAAAAAACGAACAUAUCUUGUUUGGCAUGAAUAUAAAAAUUCAUCAUUAUUAUCAACAACAAAUGGAACAAAUAUAUUUUCAGUUAUACGUGGUGAUCAAGUACGUUUAUUAAAACGUAUUGGAAAAUCAACAUUACUUGUACAAAAAGAAGAUGAUGGUUCAAUUGGAUUUUUACCACAAACAUGUUUAGCAUAUCAUCAUAUUAAUUCAUUUUUAUCUCUUAAAGGUUUAAAAGAGACUGUUUUGUAA